AAAGAGUGCCCCAGGCGUGUGACUUGUAAACGGUGGGGAGCAACUGACUUAUGAAUCCUUUGAUUCCCAACGAUUCGAUUUCGGUAUACACCAAUAAGCGACUGUAGGUUUCGACCAAAGCUGGUGAAAGUGGCAUUCCUAACUUAGCCUGGGCUAAUUUAAUCACGUGGGUCACUAUACUAUGGAUUAAACUCAUUUUUGAGUGCACAGUCAGUGAGUCCAACACUGCCAUGCUUAAAGGAGCGGUAGGUGGCGCUGUGGACUUCGGACUUCCUUGAAUCGUCUCAACUAACGCCGCCAUCGGUUUACUAUAAUAGUCCGGAUUCGUCGAAUAUGCGUUACAUAAUAGGGCGAUUCUGUAGUCAUUUCCCAUUGCUAAAACUGUGUUAUUGGGUGGUACUAACUGUUGGAGAAAAUCAUGAUGGUUGCGCAAUUUGGCGGGAAUCGGCCAAGUCAAGUUCGUCAUUUCGGCUUGCGCUUUCUUCGUCAAGUGAAUCCAGAUGCACGUCAUAGCCAUCUGUCUUGUACAUUGUGGUUGGUUGAAGUCCGGAACGGGUAAAGGGGGCUCCUGUUCGGGAAAUAGCAGCUCGUAAAGUCUCAAAACCGGAAGGAAGUUUGAAAGAGGGUUUUUUUGAAUCGAACCCGAGAUAAACUGUAAAAGGACCCACAUAAGUUGGUCACGGCCUCUCCGCAAGUCUCUUCCUUGUAACCUCGAAUGCAGCGAAAUGACAAUAUUGGGAAAGCUCGCGAAUUGGAAGAGAACAAAAUAGAUUAAUUGGGACGAUAAGUGUAGCCACAAGCCUUGAGUGGCACUCUCGUCGCCUUCAUUUUCCGUACGUUCCAAAGCCAGGAUUACUAAUUCAACGAGUUGUUCUUCAAGGGCGGCGCAAUGUCGUUUAUGCUGUUUCUGUAAGCCUAGCAUACCACACACCAUGUCUCGACUGUACGGUUGUUCCAAAACGUAUCUCAACAGACCCGUCUGUUUCUCUAAUAAUUCAGGAGAGUAGGGCAAAGUGCCCUUGAGACUGAACCUCAAAGUGGAAGGGUCGAGUUUCCAAGGAUUGACUAGGUGUUCCGGACAUCCACUAUGCUCCACGACUGGACGCAUUUCCGCUUGUCCGACAAUGGCCACCAUUUGGGCACAAGCCCUGAAACUUCCGACAUAAUCGGAGAAAAGGGCAGCAAGACGCCAGUGGGGACAAUCAGGGUAAGCCUUCUGUAACUCAUUUACGAGGAGGUAGCCAGGUAAGAGGCACGCAUUUCUGUCCAUAAUUCGUUCAGCAACGCUUAAAAGUGCUUGUGUUUGAGGCUGCAGACCCGCGUUUAGCCGCCAUGGAAGACUCUUUGCUUUUUCGCAACAUCCCUAAAAUUAUUAAUCACACAAAUGUGGCCUCAUUUCUCUUCUACUUACUUUCAUAAUCUCACGAACGCCUUUGUAUUCAACCAAAUCUAUGAUUUUUCUCACAAGCUUGAAACACUCAAUCCAGAAUCGCGCAUUGGUGUAUUGCAAUUUAUCAAAAUUCAUUACUACUUCACACACGAUGCGGGCUCCGAUUGUACCGUUGCGAACAAUGCCUUCCAGGAGCUCCAUCAAGAGUUGCAACUUGCUCUGGGAACAUAUUACCGCCGUAUUGAGAUACUGACGCAAAGCGGUGUCUAAUUGCUCUUGAGGAAUACUGCGAAGAGUCGUGUUUAAUUCUUGUUGCCAUAAAUUCACCUUUUCUUUUUCAGCACCGGGGCGGUGCACUAGGAAGCAACUAAAGGCUUCUUCAAUGCCUUCUACUUUUAAAAUGUCGUUCAGUACGUUUGUUAAAGCCUCAGCCAUUGUUCAAUUUUAUGUAUUUGGCAAAAGCAUUAUUUUUUGUGGUUUAUUUUGAACGGAACGAUAACGGUAUAUUAUAUUUACAGGUUAUGUUUGUCAAACUACAUUUUGGCACUUGGCAGGUUGGGUAGGCAACACAUUAUACACUUGUAACGCCUAAUGCAGGACCGUAUUUGGUUGUUUACAGCUUUAUUUUCGUUCACCACAGAGUUCCCUCAAAAAUUUAAUGUUAUACAACAAAAAGCAGUUUAAAGCGGCGCAUAGAUUUAAUUUCAAAUAAUACCAUCCAGACCUAGACAACAUAGCGACAUUUUUAAUUGUUUUUGUCUUUAGCAAUCAGGAAUCUAUUUUGUAUAACAAUUUUUUGUUUAAAUAUUUUGCGAACAUUUUAAAUACUUUAGCUUCAAACAUUUUCUUUCGUAAAAACAUCGUCAAAAUUGAUGCAUGUUUACAAACUGAAGAAAGAUACACUUUAAGCACCUUUUACACCAAUUUCUUCCAUUUCUGCUAUAAUUCAGUGAAAUCUUAGAUGAGGAUCUAUAUACAGGAUGAUUCAUGAGGAAUAACGAGCCUGACCAAAUUUUCGAUGCAACCACCAGAUUUUUGCAAGUUGCUUUGCGAUACUUUAAGAAAAUAUAUCAUCAAUCAUCAAAUUCUUGAUUUUUAAAUAUAUACUUUUAAAAAUAGGGCAAAAUUUUUGAAAUAUUUGCUUUUUACCUAUAAAGACGGCAGAAUCCUUGAAAUAUCUGCUUUUUAAAUAUACCUUUUAAAACAGGGCAAAAUCCUUAAAAAAGUGUUGUAUGCUGAACAUGCCCACAUGUCGUAGUGGUAGUAACGUCAAUCUAAACUGUAAUAAAAUUCGUAUCAGCUAGCAAUCUAUUCGUCUAUUUGCAUAUCUACUUCAUAUGCGACGAAAAUUUGUUUGCUUAUCUUUUAAUAAAAGCAUUAUUAGGAUACCUAUUUGUUUAUUAUGACCCAAAAAAGUUCUUUUUGUUCUACAUUUCGAUAUGAACUCACAGUUCAUAGAGCAGGUGCAAAUUUUGAUGCACGCCCAACAAAUUAAAUGUGCAGAAAGUAUUUUUGGCAAGUCAAAUUAUAUGUGGCUUUGCAGCAAAAGAACUCCAGUUAUUUGGAUGUCAACGAAAGAUGAAUUUUUAAUUCGACAAGCUCUAACAAAGGUCACUCCUGACCAACAAGUGAAAGUUAUGAAACAAUUAUUGACUUGGCUGGAUAAUAAUCCUGAUGUGCACUCUUUAAAAAUUCCUGAAAUGUCCUUAAAACUUCUCCACAAUAUGGCGAAUGCCAAUACUUUGAAUGAAAUGACUUUCUCAAGAAUGAACAGUUUCAGGAACAGUUUAAGACGCUUGUCUUUAAUUACGAACCGAAUUGCUCCAGCAAACAGACCCAGAAGAUCUGUGACUUUCAACGACGUUCCCAUCAUUUAUCGCAUAAAGUACUGAUGAAAAAUAACACGAAACAUUUACGUAACAUAUGUAAAAUGUGUAUCUGAAUAAA